ACGAAAAAAAAAAUAUAAAUAAAUAUAAAUAAUUGAGAUUAAAUAAAAAAUAAUAAAAAUGGGAUCAGAACAAAGUUCUCAAAAUUCAAAUAAUCAAAAUACAUCAAGAACUGGUCAACUUCGUCGUGGUAAAAGUGUACCAAAUCGUGAAAGUAUACCAAAUGAUACACCACCAAGAUCAACAAGUCCAGGACCAAGUGUAUGUUCUGAUUCUGAUUUACCAUAUAUAUCAUAUACAGUUAAUCAACCAAUUGGUGAUUCACCAAAAAUAAUAAAUAAACAAUUAUUACGUGGUAAAAGUAUUGCAACAACAUCUGAAUUAACAAAAAAAAAACAGAAUUUAACAUCAAGAAAACCAAUAAUAACAAGUGGUAAAACAACACACAAUAUUAUUGUUGUUAAACCAGCAUUAUCUGAUAUUGAUACAAAUAAAGAUCCAGAUUUAAUUAAGCUACAAAAUAUACCAAUGUUUUUACCAAUAAUGCGUGGUACACUUAAUUUACCACCUGGUGUACGUGAUCCAGAAAUAUUAGAGAGACUUGAUCCAAUUGGUUUGUAUAAUCUUUGUGCAAGAUAUCAACAUCAUUUAAAUACAAAUGCACAAAUGAUUGCCAAUGAACAAAAUUUACUUUGUGUUAAUAUUCAUGCUGAAGUUAAUAAGCUAUUAACAAAAGCUAUUGAAAAACAAAAAAAAUUUAAUAAAUUUUUUGAUAGUUUAAAUAAAAUUAAUGAAUUAAGUAAACAAUUAACAAAAUGUCAUAAUCAAUUGAAUCAAACACUUGAAAGUUUGGAGACACUUAAUAAUUUAUUACCAAUUGAUGAACGACUGGAGCCAUUUGUUUGGACAACUGGAUAAAUAUUAUAAAAUAUAUCAUAAAUGUUGUUGAAAAAAAAUUUUAUUUGUAUAAUUUAACUUGUAAUUAAUAAAUAAUUAUUAUGUCA